AUGGCGGCGGAGCGGGAAACGGGCCCCACAGAGACGCACAACUACUCAUCCACAAAAGGGUAUAGGCUUACCUUGGCCCUACACACGACCACGGACUGGAUUGCUGUGACGAUCAGAGGUACGGUGCAGUACCCCAGGCUUACCGAGAACUGCAACCCACCCGCCCGCACCUUGGUACCGUGGUCUGUGGUACACCUCCUUAAGCAAACAGCCUACAGCUAUCAGGCUCACCACACCGGAGCAGAGCUCCGACCCCGCUGUCACAACUAA